AAAAAUGAAACGGUGAUAGGUAAGUAAACUGAAAACAAAACACCCAUUUAUGGUAAGGAGAAAGGCUACACACUCGGCACCGACGCACUCUCUCUGGAGCAUGGAUUCCUCCGCAGAGUUGAUAGGCGAAGUCCCUGGAUUCAUUCGGCUCUAUCAGGACGGCCGGGUAGAGAGGCUGAAUGGCAACCAGAGGGUCCCUCCCUCCACCGACCAUCAUACCACCGGCGUCUCCUCCAAAGACGUCCUCAUCGACCCUGAGACUGGCCUCUCCGCCCGCCUCUACCUCCCCCCACUUUCCGGCAACCAUCACCGCCGCCCACUCUUAAUCUACUUCCAUGGUGGUGGCUUCUUCAUGGGGUCUGCCUUUUCUCCUCUCUUCCACAACUACCUCAACUCCCUCGUCGCGGAGACGGGGGCCGUUGCAGUCUCCGUCGAGUACCGCCUAGCUCCGGAACAUCCCGCCCCAAUUUGCCACCACGAUUGCUGGGCCGCCUUCCAGUGGGUGGCGCGCCAGACUGGACCAGGCACCGAGCCAUGGGUCGCCGAUCAUGCCGACCUUGGCCGCAUCGUGCUCGCCGGCGACAGCGCCGGUGCCAACCUCGUCCACCAUGUAGCCAUGAGAGCCGGCGGCGCAUCUGCAGUUCAUGGAUCGGGUCCGCCCAUCGAAGACCCGGUGAAGACCCAGGGGAUCCUUCUGGUCCAUCCGUACUUCUCGUCGUCGACUCUCCUGGAGGGCGAGUUGCCUGAGUCGGCAGCACAUGUAGAGUUGAUAUGGAAGUUGGCGUGCCCUGCCAGCCCUGGAGUCGACGACCCCAUUAUGAAUCCGCUAGCGGUUGGCUCGCCGUUCCUCAAUGGGCUGGGGUGCCGGCGCGUCUUGGUUUCCAUCGCCGGAAAUGACUUCCUGCGGGGCCGCGGCCGGUGGUUCUUUGAAGCCUUGACUGCUAGCGGUUGGAAGGGGGAGGCGGAGGUGGAAGGGAAGGAACACGUCUUCCAUCUGUUCAGGCCAGAGGACGAGAAGGCGAAGUUGCUGCUCAAGCGAUUUGCUUUGUUCAUCAAGGGUGAUUGACGCCAUCCUAGUCGUCCAUUACAGAUUGUGAGCCAUCAUCGUCUUCUAGAAGGAGAGAAAAAUCAGAACAUUGGCAAUAAGUUGGACGGAAUCCAACAAAAUUUCUUACAAAAGAGAAUACUACUAGAUAUUUUCUUUUCCUAUUUGCUUUACAUGUUUCUGGAGAUCACGGCCGCCACAAAUUGGUCAAAGUGUCACGGUCACUAUAAUGUGAUCUUUAUGUGUUUACAUAUUUAAUUCGUGUUUGUUUGUGGUUGACAUAAUGAAAUAAGAAAUUAAAUGAAAGUUAUUGACAAA